GUACGGUCAAAUCUUCUCGAAACCGCCUCAAUCGUUCUUAGAAAAUUAGGGUUCACUGUAACCAACGAAACCUUAUCAUCGUUAUUUCCCCUGAAACUCACCGUUUCGUUCAUCGUUCUUACAACAAAUUCCUCUGAUUUUUCUUCCGUACAAUCAUGGAGAUGGAACGCAUGGCUGAAUUCUCUCGCAAUUACAUGGAUCGCCCACCGAGAAAGAGAGCGCGAUUGGGUUGGGACAUCCCUGAAACCCCUAAGGCUCAGGUAGGAUUGUUUUGUGGACAAGAGGUUGAGAAUAUUUCAAGCUAUGCUCCUUCAGAACAUAAUAUCACUAGUUCUCUGUUUAAGGGAGUUGCUCGAAAUGGUUCUCCCCCAUGGCGAGAUGACGACAAAGAUGGCCAUUACAUGUUUGAGCUUGGAGAUAAUUUAACUUCUCGCUAUAGAGUCCACGGAAAAAUGGGUGAAGGAACAUUUGGACAGGUUUUGGAGUGCUGGGACAGAGAAAGGAAGGAGAUGGUUGCCAUUAAAGUUGUUCGUGCGAUAAAGAAGUAUCGAGAGGCAGCCAUGAUUGAAAUUGAAAUGCUGCAGCAACUUGGGAAACAUGAUAAAGGUGGCAAUCGUUGUGUGCAAAUACGGAACUGGUUUGACUAUCGUAAUCAUAUCUGUAUUGUGUUUGAGAAACUUGGACCAAGCUUAUACGAUUUUCUUCGGAAAAACAAUUAUCGUUCAUUUCCCAUUGAUCUUGUUCGCGAGAUUGGAAGACAACUAUUGGAAUGUGUUGCAUUCAUGCAUGACUUACACAUGAUCCAUACUGAUCUGAAGCCUGAAAACAUUCUUCUGGUUUCAUCAGAGUAUCUUAAAAUCCCCGACUACAAGAGUUCAUCCAGAGCACCGUGCUCCUUUUACAAAAGAGUGCCCAAGUCAAGUGCCAUAAAAGUUAUUGAUUUUGGAAGCACUACUUAUGAACGAGAAAACCAGAAUUACAUUGUAUCAACACGUCAUUAUAGGGCACCUGAAGUUAUCCUUGGACUUGGGUGGAGCUAUCCAUGCGAUGUUUGGAGUGUGGGUUGUAUAUUAGUCGAAUUAUGCACUGGUGAAGCUCUGUUUCAGACUCACGAAAAUUUAGAGCAUCUUGCCAUGAUGGAGAGGGUGCUUGGUCUUUUACCACAGCAGUUGUUGAAGAGAGUUGACCGACAUGCUGAGAAGUAUGUCCGAAGGGGGAGAUUGGACUGGCCAGAGGGUGCAAAUUCCAGGGAGAGUAUUAAAGCUGUAAUGAAGCUUCCUCGACUGCAGAACCUUAUAAUGCAGCAUGUUGAUCAUUCUGCUGGAGAUCUUAUACAUCUUUUACAGGGGCUACUUAGAUAUGACCCAUUUGAAAGAGUUACAGCUAGAGAUGCUCUGAGACAUCCAUUCUUUAUGAGAGAUCACCUUAGGAGAUGAUUAGCCAUUUUUAGAGGCCUAUUGUCUAAGUUGAAUCUGUCAAAAGUGCAAAUGCGUGUAAGGAGAAGGAAAGCUUGUAAAUAAAUAUUUAUAUUAUCAGCUUGUCUGAUAAGUGAAGAUGAUUAUACAACAGCACCUUCCCCUCCAAACCUCUAUGACCCAAUCCUUAUUUAUUUUAAAAUUUAAUGAACAUGUAUUUUUACAAACGACAGCCGAGUGGAAUGUAUAGAACAAAUGUGGAAUGUUUUGAAUACAUUAUCCAUAGAUACUCA